AUGAGUUCUACCCACGAUGCUGCAGAGACGCAAAAGGCACUCGGAAACGAGGAAUUCAACCAGAAAAACUUUGACAAAGCAGUCGAGUGCUACUCAGAGGCGAUUACUUUAGAUCCGGACAAUUACGUUUACUACUCAAAUCGAAGUGCAGCAUACGGAGCUCUAGGCAAAUGGGAAUUAGCCGAGCAAGACGCACAGGAGUGUGUUAAACGUAAUGUCAAGUUUGCCAAGGGUUAUUACCGUCUUGCUAAUGCCCAGCAGCAAUUGGGACGCAAGAAAGAGGCCAUUGAGACGCUGGAGACAGCGCAAAACUCAGCUGCAGACCCAGAGAAGGUGCCAGGGAUCAAGAAGCUGCUACGGCAGCUCAAACAAGAAUUGGCACACAAGAGCCCAGCGUCAAGUCAAGGUGGAGGACGCCAAGUGCCUACGCACAUUGCCAAGGAGUUGCAGGAGCUGCAGCCACAGUUUCAAAAGACCCAGCGCGAGUUAGAACAGGUCGAGGCAAAGCUGACGGCCUUUACGCGGCAGAAGAAACGUCUGGCACUUGUUGAGCGGGAGGUGCUUGACUUGCCUAAAAGUACCAAUACGUACCAAAGCAUUGGCAAAAUGUUCCUACAAACGAACCGUGAGGAAAAUGUCGCGAGCAUGAAAAGCGAAGAAGAGCGAGUGGACAAACAAAGGAUGUCGCUUGAGGCCCGCAAGAAUUAUUUGAACCGUCAAAAGCAGUUGGUGCAGGACAAUAUUACCGAGCUCUUGGCUCAGUGCACGUAA